UUGAAUUGUGAGAGUGUGCAGACCGUAUGUGAUAUUUAUUUAACUAAGGCUGUACACAAUACUUUCAUAAAGAAUGGAUACAUAAUAUUUGAUUAGGUGUUGGUAACAAAAAUAAGGAAGGAGAGGUAGUGUAUGGUAUACAUGGAACAUAGGGACAUGCAAGAUAAGCUUUGACAGGUGUAUAUAUCAGGUCAUUUCAGGUAGGUACCUGAACAUAACAGGUAUUGACAGGUUUGAAGGUGAAUAAUAAGAGUGUUGACAGGUCAUCUGGAGGCACUCCGCCAGCAGCGACGUAAAAUAGCGAUGGAGGACCUGAAGCAACAACAAGCGGCUCGGGUGAUAGCCAAGCAAUUGGAGAAGGCAGAGGAACAGCGGAUCGACGCCGCUAUGGGUGUCCCGGGCAACUACGAUCCUUCCUUCGCGAACCCGGCCGCUGCCAGACGCGAUCCAGUACGAGGUAAGGACAAGGCAGACACAGUGCAGGAGACAGGCAGCCGCUAUGGUGGCGGCUAUGGUGAUGGUGGCUAUGGCGGCUAUGGCGGUGAUGGUGGCUAUGGUGCUGGCGGCUAUGGUGGCUAUGGCGGCUACGGCGCUGGCGGCUAUGGUGGCGAUGGCGGCUAUGGUGGAGGCUAUGGUGGAGGCUAUGGUGGAGGCUAUGGUGGAGGCUACGCUCCCUCCGGCUACAGUGGUGCUUACCAGGCAGCCCCGCAACGAAUCACCCGGCCACACGUCUCAAUGACAUCGGAUGAAAGGGAAGCCAUGACCGUGGGUCGGGCUGAGUACACCCGAGGGGAACUACAGUGGCAGAUGGAGAUGAAGAGACAACUGGAGGAAGAGAAAAAGCGGAAGAACGACCUGGAGGACAGACUGUAUGAGGAGAGCAUCCUGAAGCAGCAGGAGAAGAUGAAGCGAGAGUACGAGGCUGAACUGGAAAAGAAGAGGAGGAAAGAGGAAGAGCAAACUCGGCGGCGAGAGGCGCAGCUGAAACAGAUGGAGGCCAUAUACCAGCAGACUGAGGGGGAGAGGAAAGCCAAGAUGGAGAAGGUUAAGAUGCUGGCUGACCUGCACGAGCCUACUCCAAUGCCUAAAAUCGACACGGGCCUGGACGCCCGGCUCAUCAAGCCGCCCAAGGGCCAUGGACCGCCCAGUCUUCAGGAGCCGCCCAAGCAACGGAACCUGUCUACGAACGAUGAGGAUUUUGGUUUCAAUCUUAUCAAAUCCGACCCCAACUUCUUGGCAGCUCAAAAACCCAACAAGUUUUUUGACGACCCAACUACCAUGAAAAUGGCCAAGAACAUCGAAGAUCGAAAGAGACCGAAGCCGCUAGCGAGACCAGAUCUCCCAGCAGCUCAUAUGGGGCGCGGACUGGAGAUGCCUCGCUUGAGGAAGCAACAGCCUAACAGACCCAGGACUACCCUUCAUCUUGGUGCCAUGGAUGAUAACAUUACACAAGGGUCACCAUCACCACGCAUGAGGCCUCCACAACACACUACAGGCACCACGAAAUUCACGGAGUCCAGGGACCUGCAGACAGACUGGCUGCCACCAGCAGCUCACAUGGAGAACCAAAACUUCAAACCAGAGGCUACGGAUUUUAAGGUUCAAACCGCGAAUGACUGGCAAGAGGCGCUGCCGCCGCCGCCUCCCAAGGAGGAAGUCCAGCAGCCCAUGACUAAGGCUGCGCCCUUUGACUGGAAGAUCCGCCUUCCUGAACCCUCGUUGGACGACAAGAAGAAAUUAGAUAAGAAGUCACAGGAGGAACUGAAACAGUUCCAGGAGAGGAACCAAGACGUGCUGAGCCAACUGAUGGACAUGCAGACCAAGCUGAAGGCAAGUGCUCCUCGCAACCGUCGAUUCAUGCAUCGUCCUCCUAUCACAUGGAAUAUUGCCUGGCCCUGAGUGCUGCUGCUGCUGCUUCAUGGAUGACUUAUGCCUCGUUCUUCCUUGGUCUUGUGGCAUGACCUGUUUUGAAUGUGAUGCACAUAUGAGUUCUGCUGUUAUAAAGUCCUUUAUUUUGCCUUUUUCUUGGCUUCACCGAGUGUAAUAUUCACGCGGAUUCUUCC